AUGAUGGUCUUUUAUCUUGAUAUUGCCUGUUACAUCACAGACGAAAGGUCGGCACAGAUUCCAGAAAUUAUCUAUUCAGGUCUGCAGAUCCCCACCACGCGAAAACCACCACUAAAUUCUAACACUCCGGCCUUGAAAGGCCGAAAGGAGACAUAUCGGCCUUACUCAGAUGCUCUGAUCGCACUGACUCAUUUCUACGAUUACGCCGCCAGGCAGGACGAGCAAUUGGUGCAUUGUCACUUGGGCCGACAGACUACAGUUUCCGCUGCCGGUGCCGGAGUUGAGGCAGUGCCCUAUCCUUUCGCACCGAGACCGUCGGCCAGCACCGAGCCAGUGGAUUCUGAUUCAGGAGAGACCGGCACUCCAUUGGAUGGCAGACGGAGUUGUCUGUUCGACCUGGACUGGGGCCAUCGUUGCAACAUGUGGCGCGACUUUGGCUAUGAGGACGGCUCACCCUGUUUCGUGCUCACUCUGAAUCCGGUCUACGGUUGGCUGCCUUCGUUGGAGUCCACGGAAGAGACGAAAGAAGGCAGCACUACAGACGAAGGCUCGUCUGCCGGAGUGCAAGUCUGCUGUGGCGGGGCCUCGCCACAGGAUGAAGAGUGGUACGGCGAUUUGUGCUAUUAUGAUGCAUUGGUGCACUCUGAGCGAGAAGGCUGCGCUCGCCGUUGCGGUUUGUUUCCCCAUCAUUUCUUUCCCUACCUGGCUCAGGAGAACUAUCUAAAGCCGAUAGUCUUUGUCGAGGUGCGCAACAUGAAGCGGAACGUGGUCGUGCGCUUUAAGUGUCAAUUGCGAGCGAGAAAUGCCAACGCUCAAAUCCAGUUUGAGAUGCUAAUGGAUUAA